AUGGAGCUCACUAGGUUCCUCGCCUUUUUGGCAGCCGUCCUGCCCGUUGCCUACGGUGCCCCCUCGCAGGCCUCGACCAGCCUCCACCCGGAGAUCCUGGCCGCCAUGAAGCGCGACUUGGGCCUGGACGCCAAGCAGGCCACUGCUCGUGUUGCCCGGGAGCUUGCGGCCACCGAUGUCAUUGAGCAGCUACGCAGCUCGGCUGGUGACUCGUUCGCUGGUGCUUGGGUCGCCGAGGACGGCACUACGAUCAACGUUGGUGUCACUGACCCGGCUUUGGCCGCCGAGGUUACCUCUGCUGGCGCCACACCGGCAAUCAUGGCCAACAGCCUCUCCAAGCUUGAACAGGCCAAGGCGGCACUUGAUAACCUGGACAUCGAGCAGCCCAAGACCCUCGCCACGGACUCGGCCGACUCGGGCGUUGCUGCCUAUUACGUCGACGUCGCUGCCAACAAGCUCGUCCUAGAGGCACUCGCCGGCAGUAUCGCCCACGCUGAGUCGCUGGCCGAGCAGGUCGGGCUCACCGCAUCUGAGUUCGAGGUGCGCACAGUUGAGGAGAUGCCGACCACCUUCGCCACGGUCCAGGGCGGUGAUGCCUACCUCAUCAACCGAAGCGCCCGGUGCUCCAUCGGUUUCGCGGUCACAACUGGCUUCGUUUCAGCUGGUCACUGUGGCAGCUCUGGUAACUCUGCCACCACCAGCGCCGGUGCGGCCCUGGGAACCUUCUCCGGUUCGGUUUUCCCAGGCAGCGCUGACAUGAGCUACGUCCGCACUGUCAGCGGAACCACUCUCAGGGGCUACAUCAACAGCUACGGCUCCGGUACCCUGCCAGUGUCGGGCAGCACCGCGUCCGCCGUCGGAGCCAGUAUCUGCCGCUCUGGCUCUACCACCGGUGUCCACUGCGGCACCGUCGGCGCUCUGGGCGCCACGGUUAACUACGCCGAAGGACGUGUCACUGGUCUGACCCGAACCAGUGUGUGCGCCGAGCCCGGUGACUCUGGCGGCUCCUUCUACUCUGGCGCCCAGGCCCAGGGUGUCACUUCGGGAGGCUCUGGCAGCUGCACUAGCGGCGGCACAACCUACUUCCAGCCCGUCAACGAGAUCCUGUCGACCUACAGCCUCACUUUGGUCAGGGCUUAA